GCGGCGCGGGCCCGCAGCCGGGCGCCUAGCACAGCCAGCGCCAGCGGCCGCCGCACCCAGCCGCGCCGGCGAGGACAUGGGCCGCCGCGGCGCGCCCGCCCCCCGCGCCGAUGUGAACUAUUAAAAAGAAAAUGGCCCAACGGAGCACUGUAUUUCCUUCUCUUGUCACCGAGGAAAGGUAUAAUAUAUGGAAAAUAUGCAUCUAAGGCGAGUUAGAACGAUGCCCCGACACAGCCAGUCCCUGACCAUGGCACCCUACUCAUCCGUAAGCCUAGUGGAGCAACUGGAAGACAGGAUCCUCUGCCACGAGAAAACCACGGCCGCCCUCGUGGAGCAUGCCUUCCGGAUCAAAGACGACAUCGUCAACAGCUUGCAGAAAAUGCAAAACAAAGGGGGAGGUGACCGCUUGGCCAGGCUUUUCUUGGAGGAGCACAUCAGAAACAUAACUGCCAUAGUGAAGCAACUGAAUCGGGAUAUCGAGGUACUCCAGGAGCAGAUCCGCGCCCGGGACAACAUUAGCUAUGGAACAAAUUCUGCCUUAAAGACUCUGGAGAUGCGGCAACUCUCCGGCCUGGGAGAUCUCCGGGGACGAGUGGCCAGAUGUGACGCCAGCAUAGCCAGACUCUCUGCUGAGCACAAAACGACCUACGAGGGGCUCCAGCACUUGAACAAAGAACAGCAGGCUGCCAAGCUGAUCUUGGAAACGAAAAUCAAAGAUGCAGAGGGACAGAUUUCUCAGCUUUUGAACAGAGUGGACUUGUCGAUAUCCGAGCAAAGCACCAAACUGAAGAUGUCCCACAGAGACAGUAACCACCAGCUUCAGCUUUUGGAUAAUAAAUUUAAAGGUACAAUUGAGGAACUCAGUAACCAGAUUUUAUCUGCACGGAAUUGGUUGCAACAGGAACAAGAACGGAUGGAAAAAGAACUUUUACAGAAAAUCGAUCAGCUUUCCUUUGUUGUUAAGGAAAACAGUGGAGCCAGUGAAAGGGACAUGGAGAGGAAGCUCAGCCAGAUGUCAGCCAGACUGGACAGAAUAGAAGAGAGUCAAAAGAAGAAUCUGGAGGUGCAGAGGACAAAACAAGAAGAGGAGAAGGUGCAUGGGCGAAUCAGCAAGCUUGAGUUACAGAUGACCGAGGACAUGAAGGAAAUGAAAGCAGAAGUUGAUGCGGGGUUUACAGCCAUCUAUGAAAGCAUAGGAUCCCUCAGGCAAGUUCUCGAAGCCAAGAUGAAGCUGGACAAGGACCAGCUACAGAAGCAAAUCCAACAGAUGCAGAAGCCGGAAGCUCCAAUGUGAAGGGACUUGGGACAUGGACCUCAAAGGUGGUUUUGCCAGUGGGGCCGGGAACUGGAUACCUCUGUAGCCAGGCUGUACCUGCAUUCAGGAUUGUCCUAUUCAUGGUGUGCAUGUGCCGAGAAAUGUGUUUUCAUGGUUCUAAAUGUUUACCUGGAGUCUUGAAAACACUCUCUUUAAAAGUAUUACGUACAGUUUUUACCACUUUAUUCCACUUCUCUAAAUUCAAUGGAAUAUCCUGCCCUCCCUGGAUUUUGAAAGGCUUUUAUCCCUUUCGUUUUAUGAAUGAGAAAAGACUUAACAAUUUUCCUUCGAUGCUUGAUGCUCUAGCCAAGACUUUACUCUUGAAAAAUGUCGUGGUGAUUUUUUUAAAUUAAGAAGAUAAUGAAUUAUCACAGGAAUGUGUUGUUCCUCACCCUAAAUUAAGAGAAUGUCCUGAUAGAUUAGAAUUCAACCCUUGAGUCCAUAUUUGGAUUUUAUUAUUGUUGUCUGUGCAUUUCUUAUAUUGGUAUUUUCUUGUAAAUCUGUCUUUUGUAGGGGGAGAGGAUUUAACAUUUGGAAAAAACCCUACCAUUUAUGCAGUGAAAAUAGUUUAAAAAUUGAUAACUGCCAUAUAGAUUACAAAUUAAAAUGGAAACUUAAGACAAUUAUCUAGAUAAUGCAAGGCACACUUAUCUACAUCGACCACCUAGUUAUACCAGGUUUUAAUAUUGAAAACUUUUUUCAAUUAUCCACCGCCUGUAUAGUGAUAGCCAUAUAUUCAAUAACGGAAUGGCGGUUAAUAGCCUGUUUAUUACACAAUUAGUUGUUCAUUAAUCGUAAUGGGAUGUGAAAAUUUUUCAGGCUCUUUGAUCUCCUCUCUAAAUUUUUUCCAAAAUUGACACAAAGUGCUAAGGUUUAUAUACACUUAUUGUAACUAUAUUCUUGUGCCUUGGUUUUAUCACGUCAGUGCACUGUACCCUAUAAAAGUUUUGCGGACAAAAUAGAAGGCACGACAAUACAUCAGAAUUAUGAUGUAAAAAUGGGAUCCUAUGUAUUUUUUAAAUGCUCUUAAGAGUUUUAUCACUGUUAAGAUGUUAAUCAUUCACUGUCAGUGACGGAACAGAUAUUCACACUUUUGUACGGCCAGAGAAUCAAAUUGAUAUUGCAUUUAUAACAAUGUUAAGAAACGUUCAUUUUGAGCAACUUCGUAGAUGAUGGGUGUUUUAUUUUCAGUCGCUAUAUUUGAUUAGGCGUUGAAAAUGGGCGCCAGUGCUAUUCGUUCACCUAUGUCUGUAAAAGCUAAUAGUGAGACACACGCCAUUCUAAACUAUGAGGGUGGCCAGGAAAAAGAAAACAGGGAUACUUUGAAAAAUUGAAAAACUUUUUUUUUGUUUGCCUAGGACUCAGGAAAAUUAAAGCAUUUUCUAUUUUAGAAGAAAUCAUAACUGAAAUCUCUAACUGGCUAUUACUGUUCACCCAUAUAAAUUAUGCUGCUGAAGUACAUAAUAGUUUACCCUCAAUGGCUUGACAAAUUUUUUUUUUAAUUUGGACCUGAGAAGUCACAUAAGGAAUAUGUCAUCCAACACAUAUUUCCUUAUUUUGUCACAAAUCUUUGCAUCUCUAUAUAGGAAGACUAUGUCCACUUCAUGAAAAAACAAAAAGGUUAAUGCUCUUCCGCAAUCAGAAAGUGAGUUUCUUUUUGUGAUAGAGUAGCCGUGUUUAGUACAGUUCUCCUGGCUUCAGCACAAACCACAGCACCGAGAGCCGUGGCCCCCCCAGCGUCUCUCUCCUCUGCGGGCCCCGAGGAGGAACAGUCAACACGUGUCACACCUGGGAAGAGGGGGACAGAGGACACCAGCUGGACUCAGGUCAAGGGGUGACGUGAGUGGGUGAUGCUUCUAAUGCUGCCACCACCACGUCACGAGUUCUGGCGGGGGUUCUCCACCCUGGCUGCAAGUUGGAAUCACCUGGGCGGUUCAAAAAGCUACCAACGCCCAGACUGCACCCCCAGACCAACUAAGUCAGAACCUCUGGGAGGGGAUGCAGGCGGCCGCACAUGUCAGAGGCCCCUGGGUGACUACGUGUUGUGAGCCCCGAGCUCCAACGUCCUCUUAUCACCAAAGUUUAAAUGAGAAUCAGCUUCCCUGUAGUUUCCUUUAUCAGAAAUUUGCAA